CAUGCGCAUACUCAUUGGUCAGCGGUACGCCUUCGGAAGUUCCGAAAGACAACGAGUUCAAUUCCGACUAUCUUCGGCCCAGCUCUUUAACGGCACAUAUCUCGUAUUCAGGCUUCUCCGGUCAAAGGAAAGAAACAAUAUGGCGCCGGACAGAGCGCGUUUGAAGCAUUUAUGGAGUUUGGCCUUACAAUGCGCGGAGGAGAAUCCGGAAUUGUCACGAUUUUACGUGAACGAAGUUCUUUCAACAGACGACGGAAUGAAUGGUGUGGCAAAGGAAUUUUGGAUGAAAUAUUGUCAGCAUUGUGGUGUUAUAUUUAAAGGUGACAACUGUCGUGUGAGGGUGCAGCCAAAACGACGAAGGCAAAAGAACAAGAAAACGGGCAAUAACGAGGACAAUUCUAGUAAACAUUUGAACAAGAAGCAAGCAUUAAAACUACCUCGCAAUUUAAACCAUGUCGGAGUAUUUUGCAAGAAUUGUGGAAGACAAUCCUUCUACCCUGGCAGAACACGUGAUCAAGCAACUCCGACUAAACGCUCGCGACCGUCUUCUGCAGCGAAACAAAACCUUAACACAACACAAGAUACCACUCCUUUGUUGUCAAAGUCAGCGAAAGCAAGGAGAAGAAGUCGCACAGCCAAGCUCAAAGAUAUUUUGUUAUCAGACGAAAGACAAAAGUCGACGGCGACAGCGUCUAGUCCUCAACUGAAGGAUUUCUUGUCAAGUUUGGGUCAUUCCAUUUCUUUCUCAUGACUUGGACAACAUGGGGUUACCAGUGUCACUUAAGGUCAAUCUGGAUUGAAGACUUUACAGAGAUAAUUAUGCAAACUUUGUGCAAGCACUUACUUGCAAGAACUCUGAAAAUUGUCAUACCAGUAUGGCAAGAUGACUUUAUUGACUCCUUCAUGCAAUCAUUAGUCUGGUAACAGGCACUCACAAGUCGACAUCUUCUUUGCUUAACAUCAUCUGAACAUUGUUUAGGGCAGACACUCCUACCCCUCUGCCCCCCACCCCACCCCACUCCAUCUCUCCUCAUCACCCAUGAGGAUUUUCUCUUUCCCACUUUUUCAUACAUUUAGCUCAUCACUGUUCAGAUAUGCAUUUAGUCUUUAUAGUUUGCUUGACUGGUACGUUAAG